AUCGGUGCAAAAAAAUCUCAAAUCGGAAAAUUAUUUCACAUAUAAACAAUAACUUGGCAGAAUUGGUGCAUUUCUCUUGAAUUUUCGUAAAAAAAAAACGCAGGAUGCCCGUGCUGCCGAUGCCUCCUCUUAUGCAGAACGCCGUGGAGCCGAUGCAAGUGGAUGCACCGAACGAGGACAAUGAGAACAACGAGGAGCAGCAGAUUGUGGUGGAGAAUCCCAGCAUCGAUCUCGAGGUGUACGCCAACCAAUAUGCCGGGAUCGUGCGACUUCAUCGCUUGAUUUAUGUGGCCGACGUCUGCCCGGUUCUGGCGGUGGAGGCACUGAAAAUGGCCAUCACUUACGUUCAGACCACCUACAACGUCAAUCUGUACCAGGUGCUGCACAAGCGUUUGAGUGACCUGAAUGCCGGGAACGCCCCAGCUCCGCCGGCGAAUGCUGGCGGAGAUCAGGGAGCAGCUGCAGGUCCUGCCGGUGUCCCAGCCGCUGCACCUCUUCCGGAUAUCGCAGCUCAACCUGUGGCCCAGGCUCAGGGACAGGCUCAGCCUGCUGGCGAGAAGGAUGCCUUCGCUUACGACGCCGGGUGGGUAGACACCAAGAUGAAGAAGGCGGCCCUAAAGCUGGAGAAGCUGGACUCUGACCUUAAGAACUACAAGUCCAAUUCCAUCAAGGAGAGCAUUCGUCGGGGUCACGAUGACCUGGCUGACCACUACCUUAGUUGUGGUGACCUCACCAAUGCUCUGAAAUGCUAUUCCCGGGCCAGAGAUUACUGCACCAGUGGCAAGCAUGUGGUGAACAUGUGCCUGAACGUAAUCAAGGUUUCCAUUUAUCUUCAGAACUGGGCUCAUGUCAUGAGCUACAUAUCCAAGGCAGAAAGCACUCCGGACUUUGCCGAGGGCUCCAAGGAGGCCAAUGCCCAGGUGCAUACCCGACUGGAAUGCGCUGCUGGUUUGGCGGAACUGCAGCAGAAAAAGUACAAAGUGGCCGCCAAGCAUUUUCUCAAUGCCAACUUCGAUCACUGCGACUUUCCCGAGAUGAUCUCCACCAGCAAUGUGGCGGUUUAUGGUGGCCUUUGCGCCCUGGCCACCUUUGAUCGGCCGGAGCUUAAGCGCCUGGUUAUCGCUUCCACAUCCUUCAAACUCUUCUUAGAACUUGAGCCUCAACUAAGGGAUAUUAUAUUCAAGUUCUACGAAAGCAAGUACGCCUCCUGUUUGACCCUAUUGGAUGAGAUCAGGGACAAUCUGCUGGUGGACAUGUACAUUGCGCCCCAUGUGACCACUUUGUACACUAAAAUACGUAAUCGCGCUCUUAUCCAGUACUUUAGCCCCUACAUGUCGGCAGAUAUGCACAAAAUGGCAAUGGCCUUUAACUCAUCGGUGGGCGAUUUGGAGAACGAGGUGAUGCAGUUGAUAUUGGACGGGCAGAUCCAGGCGCGCAUCGAUUCGCACAACAAGAUCCUGUACGCCAAGGAGGCCGAUCAAAGGAAUAGCACCUUUGAGAGGGCUUUGAUCAUGGGCAAGCAGUACCAGCGUCAUACCAGGAUGCUCGUCCUCCGGGCGGCGAUGCUCAAAAGCCAUAUCCACGUGAAGAACGUUUCCAGAGAGGGCAGUAGCAGCCACGGCGCCGAACUCUGCGUCUCUGCUGGGUCCUCUACAACUGCUCAGCUAGCCAGAAUUUAGGACAGCACUUAAUACCCGAUGAACUAUAUAUAUUACACACUGGCUAAAUAAAGAUAUAGCAAAGCUAAAUAAGAAAAGGAGUACCGAAA